UCCUCUUUCAACCAGAAAUACUAGAUUACGGUAGUAGCUUUGCUGUAGAGACGACCACUUAAACUGCUUAAAUCGUUAGCAUUGCCGCGUUAUUUAAUAUGUGGCGUCAAGCGUAUCGCUAUUAGAGUAACAAUUUGAAUAACGCGCAAUACGAUUGGAGAGAGGAAAAAAGCGGAAAUACAACGCAAAGAGAACAAAAAACAAGUUUUGCGGUUUGGUUCGUAAACAGGCGUUUCUCAACGUUCCGAUGCGAAUCUCGUUAACGCUGUUGACGACGGAGUUUGUUUUGCGUGUGUUGUGGUUGGUAUGAUCAUCGAAAGGCACGGAUAUUUUGCUGGAAUGAUCUGACCGAGAGACUAUCGACUGGAAGUAAUAAUGGAAAUUGACAGCAGCACCUCAGCCUCUCACAAGGUGCACUUCCCAGAAUCUUUGGACACGUUUGGUCAUGACUCAAGCAUCCUGGUGCAACCGCUCAACGAUGUCCUGAUCAAUGUGCACUUGGGUUUCGUCCAGGUGAACCACAGGUACGAGGUUCGCUUCCAGUUUGCGACGCCUCCUCACCUCGGCAGCCUCUCGGUACGGACCCAGGAUCCUCCAAACCUGAACGUCAGAGUGUUGACACUCAGGCCGGUUGACUCGACAGAUUUCAAGUACGAGGUGGUUCUAGAGAUGCUUGCCUACAAGGAGAAGCUUCUUCGUGAGCAACUGGUCUUGCAGUCCUCAAACAACCCGAUGCUCACACUAACACUUGUGCUCAACGCCAGGGUCCUGGGAAAGGGCAAGGGCACCCCAUUCCUCAAGACAGGCAUACACUGUAUCGGAGUGGAGAUGGAGGAAGAGUCUGACCUGAGCGACUGGCAAGGCUUUGACUGAGCUGCCCCUAGCAAGGGUUUAAAUUCCCUUGCAAUGCCCUUUGAAGAAACAUUUUUAUUGGAGAGACUGGCUGGCACUAGGAGUUUGCAAAACAAAACUGUCAACAUGGAGAAACCACUGCUUUGAAACUUCCCUUUUUUCACCCCCUUGGUUCAUUCCGAACCAAAGUUGCCUGCCUUCAUUUGUUUUUAUUCUUAUUGAUGUGCUGGAGAGGCGUCGGGAUAGCCAUUACUAGUCUUCUCAGUGCCUAAAGACACAUGCGCCACAAGGUGGCCGGCACACCCUCUGAAUGUGAAGUUUUAUGUUGAUGGGGAAAUUCUGUACAAACAGUUCCGAUAGUGACUGGGAUUCAGAUGCAUUUUUAUGGACUAAAUGUUAUCACUCUUAGUUUUCAAGCGUCAUAUACUAUAAGGCAAGAAAUUCGCACUAUAGGGUUUAAUUAUUAUAGAAGGUUGAAUCGGUGUUUUGAGCAGGUUUUGAGCUCUUUAUCGCAAGAAGCGUGGUCACCGCUUGAAACAUAUAUCAAACCUUUUACAGUAACUGAUGGCACGUUUGCCAGCACACUGCUUCUACCUUGUUUCAUUUUACUGAUACUGUGACUUAUUUCUGUAGGCUUGGGUCAACCCCCCACCAAUCUGACCCUCACUAGUCUGAUAGGCUUUCCUCCCUAGCAGAUUAUGGGGACACUGUGUAAAAUAUGUCUGCUAAUAUGGAACGUUUACUUUAUGGCUGCUUGUGGCAUAAAUGAGUGGUCACAUUAUUGGGGGUUGAUCCUCUUUCAUAACUUCAACUAGAACUGAAACUUCUAAUUACCGGGUGAAACAAGGAGACUGUAGGCUCUUUAAAUCGACCGGAAAAUUCGGUUUCUUAACCUAUCGCGCUACGACUUUGUGCAGCGUUGCCCACAGAUGGCGCAUUUUUCUUGUAAAAUUUGCAAAGAGCGAACUUACCUGAGGAAAAAGUAAAGAAAGAAAAAGGCUUAGCUCCUAUGGAAACGCAGCGACGCCACCGUUCUGCAAACAACACGACGCCGUUUCGCACGGAAGACAAGAGAUGGCGCAAGCGGUCGCGACGCCAACUGCCGCCAACGAACGAGCAGACGACACAGAGAGCCGGCCCUUUUGCAGACAAGGAACUGCAGUUCCUUGCUGUUACCGCGCCUGUCUUUUUUGUUUCUGCUACUGUCGCCGCCUGCGGAACGCGCGCCGUUUUUGAGUCGAAAAGAUUGUCUGCUAAAAAGGUCUGCUCUCGGCGCCGUAUGCUCGUUCGUUGGUGGCAUUUGGUGCGCCAUCUCUUGUCUCCCGUGCGAAACGGUGUCGUGUUGUCUGCAGACUGGUGGCGUCGCUGCGUUUCCAUACGAGCUAAGCCUUUUUCUUUCUUUACUUUUUCCUCAGGUAAGUUCGCUCUUUGCAAAUUUUACAAAAAAAAAUGCACCAUCUGUGGGCAAUGCUGCACAAAGUCGUAGCGCGAUAGGUUAAGAAACCGAAUUUUCCGGUCGAUUUAAAGAGCCUACCGUCUCCUUGUUUCACCCGGUAUUUUGUGUAGUAAAAGAUUUAAAGGGGGGACAAGCAAGCACAGCGAAGCUCCUAGACAGUUCCAACUUACAAGGCCAAGUUCCCAUUACUGUUUUUCUUCUUUUCUAUCAGAAUAUUGAGUAAUUCAUGGCAUAUGACAGUGCAACUGCAAGGUUGGCUGGCCAACUGGCAGUGGUAUCUGCUUCGUACAAUGCAAUCCAUCUCCUAGGUGUUCAAUACAAGAGUUGUGGUGCCAUGUCAAUGCUAGUAUAAUAUAAUAUACAGAAUUUCUAUAUCUGUGUAAUAAAGUUUUGGAACCUUUCUACUUUA